AUGAUUUUCCAAAAAAUUCAUUUGCUCAGAGUGGUAACCUUAUUAUUGUUUAUUCUGUUAAAUGUUUCAUACAUUAAUGAUUUUUAUACGCCAAAAAAAAGUUACUCAUUAUUGACGACACACACACGAUUUUAUUGUACUUACACAAGACAACUAUCUGAGCCAUCAUUCAGCAUUACAAACCUAAUUGCAAAAUUUUAUUUAAAUAGAGAUAAAGACGAAUAUUCAUAUAUGAACAAAGCGGAAAAUCGAAGAAAUAAUGAAUAUAUUAAAAGACUUGAAAAUCGAAGAUUUAAUAAUUAUGGUAAAAGAGGAGAAGGUCGAAGAUAUAAUGAUUAUAUGUUAAGAGAUGAGGAUGAAGAUGAAGAUGAGGAUGGAGAUGAGGAUAUAGAUGAGGAUGGAGAUGAGGAUGGGGAUGAGGAUGAUGAUGAAGAUUUUAAUGAAUAUAUGGAAAGAAAAGGAGCUCAAAGAUAUAAUGAUUAUAUGAAAACAGAUGUAAGUCGAAGAUAUAAUAAAUAUAUGAGAGGGGAUUUAAAUCGAAGAGAUAAUGAAUAUAUGAAAGGAGAUUUAAAUGAAAGUGAUAAUGAAUAUUUAGAAGUAGAUUUAGAUAGACGACACAACAAAUAUAUAGCAAGAAAAGUAAAUCAAGAAGAUAAUGAAUAUAUAAGAAGAAAAGUAGAUCAAGGAGAUAAUGAAUAUAUAAGAAGAAAAAUAGAUCAAGGAGAUAAUGAAUAUAUAAGAAGAAAAGUAGAUCAAGGAGAUAAUGAAUAUAUAAGAAGAAAAGUAGAUCAAGGAGAUAAUGAAUAUAUAAGAAGAAAAGUAGAUCAAGGAGAUAAUGAAUAUAUAAGAAGAAAAGUAGAUCAAGGAGAUAAUGAAUAUAUAAGAAGAAAAGCAAACCAAGGAGAUAAUGAGUUUCUAACAAGAGUAGCAAAUCGAGGAGAUAAUGAGUUUCUAACAAGAGUAGCAAAUCGAGGAGAUAAUGAGUUUAUAACAAGAGUGGCAAAUCGAGGAGACAAUGAAUAUAUAACAAGAAAACUAAAGCAAGGAGAUAAUGAAUUUAUAAUAAAAAAAGCAUAUCGAGGAGAUAAUGAAUAUUUAGGAGUAGAUUCAAAUCGGCGAAAUAACGAAUUUAUAACAAGAAUAGUAAAUCGAGGAGAUAAUGAAUAUUUAGGAGUGGAUUUAAAUCGACGAAAUAACGAAUUUGUAAAAAGAAAAACAAAAGGAGAAGAUAAUGAAUAUUUAAGGAGAGAAGAAAAUCGUAGGGAUAAUAAACUUGUAAAAAUAGAUGGGAGUAGAAGAGAUAAUGAACUUAUAAAAAUAGAUGGAAGUAGAAGAGAUAAUGAACUUAUAAAAAUAGAUGGAAGUAGAAGAGAUAAUGAACUUAUAAAAAUAGAUGGAAGUAUAAGAGAUAGUAAACUUGUAAAAAUAGAUGGAAGUAGAAGAGAUAAUGAACUUGUAAAAAUAGAUGGAAGUAGAAGUGAUAAUGAACUUAUAAAAAAAGGAGUAAGUCGAAGAGAUAAUGAACUUCUAAAAAUAUUAGAAGGUCGAAGAGAUAAUGAAAAUGUAAAAAAAGGAGAAAAUCGAAAAGAUAAUGAAAAUGUAAAAAAAGGAGUGAAUCGAGGAGACAAUGAACUUGUAAAAAUAGAAGGAAAUCGAACAGAUAAUGAACAUGUAAAAAAAGGAAUAAGUCGAAGAGAUAAUGAACUUCUAAAAAUAUUAGAAGGUCGAAGAGAUAAUGAAAAUGUAAAAAAAGGAGAAAGUCGAAAAGAUAAUGAAAAUGUAAAAAAAGGAGGAAAUCGAAAAGAUAAUGAACAUAAAAGUAGAUCAUAUAAUCAUUCGAGGGCAUAUACUAUGCCAUGCAGAAUUAAUGAGGAAGAUGUUGAUGUAGAAUUAACGAAAAAGGAAUUAACUAAACUAAUUAAUUCCUUUGGGCCAACUAUAUAUGAGAAAGAUAUGUAUAUUACAUUUUAUCAUUAUCAUACAUAUUUACAACGUCGAUAUGUUGAGCUUAUUCCAAAAUUAUGGAAAUAUGCUGAAAAAUUAGCAUCCAAACGUCAUAUACCUGCUGAAGAUUUUAAUGAGUAUUGGAUGGCAUGCAAAAAAGGCAUAAGCAGAAAUUUAUUCACUUUGAAUUUUUAUUCGUAUAAAAAUUUUUUUGAGUUCGCUCGGGAUAUACCUGUAGAAGAUACUGACAGAUUUAAAGAAUUUUUAAAUGAAUGUGUUGGUAUAUGGAAACGAAAAAUGAAAAAAAAUAAUAAAAAGUGGACUAAAAUAUUGGCCGAAAAUAUAAAAAAAUAUAAAAAACGCCAGUUUUGGUGGCUCCAGAAGGGUAUUAAUUGA